AUGGCUCCCAUCACCGAGUGUAUGAAGAAAGGGAAGUUUCAGUGGAAUGGCAAUGCAGAAACUAGUUUUGCUGUUAUCAAAGAAAAAUUGAGUACCGCUCCUGUUUUGGCGCUACACAAUUUUGAUAUCGUUUUUGAAGUGGAGUGUGAUGCUAGUAGGGUUGGCAUAGGUGUUGUUUUGUCCCAAGCGAAGCAACUGAUUGCGUUUUUCAGUGAAAAAUUAAACGAAACACGCCGCAAGUGCUCGUUCUUCUUUUUUGGCUCCUAUCAAAUCAUCCGAUCUCGUUUCAUCAACUGGUUAGGCUUUAUUGCGUUCAUAUACUUGGUUUGA